AUGUUCUUCCAGCCAUCGGAUCCAAUUCGUCCAGUAUCACCGGUUCGUCCAGUGAGUCCUAUAGACGAUCACAGCUACGCUCACCUUCUAAAACCAAUACAACAGCUCAAUAUUCCACGAAUUGACGUCCAUUCAGCGCCACCCUCCCACAGUCCUCGUCAUGGUCAGUACACUUUCCACUGCUUUCUUACAUGGGACAUCAAUUUUCCACUUUGUUCAAUAACCAAAAAAUCUCGUUUGGUUUCGGUUCAUGACGGUCGAUCUGUUGCACCGUACACUGAAACGGUGACCUAUGAGCCAGCAUUUCUGGAAAAAUAUAGCAGUGCAUCAGCUCGUUCCAAACGAUCGGGUUUCUCUUCGAAUUCACUCUCACCACGCAUUCGACGUGAAUCCGAUGACUCAUGUGCAUACAUUGUACAGAAUCCUCUUUAUCGUGAUUGA